UCAUACUGGUUCGGUCCUGCUUGAUGCCUACCAUGGAAACCAUCGGAAUGCAAUUUGGAGUAUUUUUAAAACUGCUUUUCCAAACCUAUUUUAUAUAUAAUAUAACUGUUUGAUCUAUAUUGAAACUACUAUAGUGAUUAGAAAUUAGCUAUAUACUUUGAGUUCGUAAGUUGUUUGACUUCUUAAGUGCUGGUUCUCCGUUUCUUCUCUUUGGGCAAUUUAUUUACGAUGACCGGCGGUCUCGAACGGCUAAUGGCACUGCACUCACGAUUCUCCAUUUUCGUUUGCAAGAGGGUCGCAUUUCAGAAACUGGGUCUGAUUUUAAAUCAUAAAUAUGCAAUGUAUAUAAAAGAUUAAGUUUUUUUUUGAUUGACUAUGAAGUGGAGAACGCAUACGUGAAAUGUACCAAAUCGUUGUCCGUAUGCGAGACAAUGUUUGCAUGUGGAAAGGUAGAUCGUCAAGGCUAUAUGCAAAUGUACUUUUCUAUAUUGUGGAUUCGGUGAUGUACCAUGAAGAUGGCAUGCCAACAGACCUGGUUGAUUUGGCCAAACUGAAUGUUCUAAAUUAAUGUUUGUUUAAUUAAUAAUCAUAUUUUUAUUUGGCAGACGCAUAAGUGUCCAACUUGUAGAACGAUCAACAGGGACACUCGAUACUCGGCAGGUCUCGCACAGUAUUUCCAACUCUAAAACAUUGAACAAAUCUGAACAAUAUUUGGCCUUUUCUGACGUCUUUACCCACACGAACCUGCUAUACUGCUGAUUAUGUUUGACUUGGUGUUUCUCUCUCUCCCCCACCCUCCAAGGCAAAACCGUUGUUUGCACAUCUUAAAUCUUGACACUGUUGUAAUUGGUUUAUUCAAUUCGAUAUAAUCUAUAAAGUUUCUUAGGUUUUUCUGAAUGGUAGGUACUAUGUUCAAUGUUUUGCUGAUCAACCUUCCACGUUUCAGUGAAAUAAAUACUUUUAAAUAGAAUCUGCUGCAGUUGCAUAUUAAAGUUUUAUGGUAAUAUUCAAGUGGUUAUGAGCUACCAUGCUUCUGGGUGCACUGUGCAAAUAUCAUUAAUUCAUUCGAAAUGAAUGAAAUAAUAACUAUUUAAAAAUAGCAUUGCUGUGGACCACACAUUUGGCAUUUAAGACAUGGACAAACGUUUAUACAGGUUUGUGCUAGGAAGUCCUCUAGUGCAGAAAUAAAACCCCAUAAAUGUUAAUGCAUUCCAAAGGUCAUUACUGUCAACUUGCUUUUUGAAUUUCAAAAAACACAAAAGCUAUUAGUAUAAAAUGGCUGAGGAGUACCCACACAGAAAUGCAAACUUAAUGUUAAUGUUUUGUACUUUGUUUCGAAUGGUUUCUCAGCACUCAGUGAUAUAUGUAAAUUAGAUCAAAAGGGUAUAAAUGCAAAAUGAAAAGGGAACAUGCUGUGAAGAAUUGAGAUGUGCCAGGACUUUGUGGUCCAGGAAUGACCCUUGAGGUUUUUUAAAUUUUGAGGUUGUGGUUGCCUUUCCAAACCCUGUAAUUACAUGUGGUCUGUGGGGUUUAGAGACAUAAUAAAUGAAUGCAGGCAGUGGGGGUAUUCAUAAACACCUCCAAUGCUAGAAGCCUAGUGGACCUCAGAUUCAGCAUGAGUCUGUAAUGAGUGUGGGCGAACAUCUGUCCUCAGGUUACGAUGACUCUGCUCCCUAUCUGUGUUCGACAGUAGAUGUGUCUCAUGUCUGAAAGUGCUCCUAUACAGUCACUCUCCUGUGUCAUGCCUGGAGGCAUUAUUGGGGCUAUUUAUGAAGCAAGCAACAAGCUUAAUUAUGGACUAUAGAUCUAUUUCUUGCAACCAAAAAAUGAAUUGGUUUGGAUAAUGUGAAAAUUAUAUUGAGAGGAUAAAGUGGCGAAAAUGCAAUACAGAUGGAGAGUUGAGUCAUUGAGAAGGCAGCAUUGAGCUAAGAGGAACAAAGGACAGAAAAACAGCGAGGGCCCUUUGUGUAGAUGUUAGCUGCUGUGUGGGAAAAAAAUAGGUGAUUAAUGCACCUGAAGCAUGUCGUAUGGGGAACUGUGUAUUUUCUGUUUCCAUUAAACGACUCAACCUGUUUUUCUGGUUGCGGAAUAGAACAAUGGAUUUUUAAGGUGUAUGUGUGUGUCUCAUAUUACCAGCAACAAUUGUAAUGUGGAGGGUGAGGAUAGCAGGUAACACUGUUUUGCCCGGUUCUCCAGUUGACCGGUUUAUUACUGUAGGAAGUUAUAUGAAAUUUGUGAAAUUUGUGGUUUGGAAAAGCAGUCUUGUGCUUCCCUCUGAACACCUGCAGUACUACACUAGUGGAGUCUGGGAAACACUGGAGUGCUUUUUUUUAUUCAGGGAAUUGGUAUACCUUGGUGUCUCAGCUGUGGUGAAUGGUUGACAUGGCAGCAAAAUAGUGUUCUAAACCCACACCGGUGAUCUUGACUUGUCUGUGAUGUCGCAGGGCAGGAGAGCUGCUUUAAAAGUCCCUAUUAAAAAGGGAAAGACUGUCUCUUGGACAUUUACUGGUACAAGUUGUUGCCUCCAGUGUGUAUCAGAAAUGAGUACCAUCAUUAUAUUAUUUAUAUCAAUUAUACUGACAUAAUUUUGUCAUGUUUUUGCAGUUCAAUUAACAGUCUUUAACACAAUCAACUAUAAAAUGAUUUUACAAACACUCACAUACAAAUAUAUAAAAUAUACAAGGCAAUAUACAAGGCAAUAGACAGUACAUUCAAACCUUAAUGAGGCUUUGAAAAAAAUUACUGAGUUUGUCCACCAGGGCUGAAAGUAUUUGUUACACACUGAACCGAUGUCUAAGGGAUUGAGUCUUUAUUAGGUAAUCAACUGUAUCAUCUCUAAAUUAACCAUACUGAAAAUGAACCGACUGCCGUCGAACAGUCGAGGAGAUUCUCCCGUCGUGAGCACUGUUGGAGGAGAUUGUCCCGUCGUGAGCACUGUUGGAGGAGAUUGUCCCGUCGUGAGCACUGUUGGAGGAGAUUCUCCCGUCGUGAGCACUGUUGGAGGAGAUUGUCCCGUCGUGAGCACUGUUGGAGGAGAUUCUCCCGUCGUGAGCACUGUUGAUGGUCAUUUGUGUGCUCCACAGCAAGCGCUUGGUAGUGGUGGUGCCGAAUGAGAUGUCCUUCCACUCACGUCGGGGGUACACCAGUGAAGACGAGGCCUGGAAGUCCUAUCUGGAGAACCCACUGACUGCUGCCACCAAGGCCAUGAUGAGCAUCAAUGGGGACGAUGACAGUGCUGCUGCCCUGGGCCUGCUCUAUGACUACUACAAGGUUCCAAAAGAAAAGAGACUGUUGCCCAUCGCAAAAAUCCCAGAAGAUCAAGAAAAGAGGACUGACAGGAGCUGUUUGGUGGCGCCACACAGCCAAGCUGAUUUGGAAAUGGUGGACAACCACGUUCAGGUCCUGAAAACUGUGCCGGUGAACCUGUCCCAGAGCGCGGGGCCCCUGGACCACAAGCGGGAGCAGUACGCAGCUGGGCCCGGGUCAGGAGACGGUGGGGCCAUUGUUAAGGCUGAGCUGUAUGCCCCCAUCUUCGUGGGCCCCGGAGUGGACUACAGGACGGAGGACGAGGAGCAGGUGAGGGUCAUAUACGAACUCGGCCCCUACGAUGUGUCCUCUGUUAGCCACCACCAGCGCAACACCCCUGACGGCACCUAUGAGGAUUCUUACCAGGAGAAACACAAGAAAUACCGCAUGGCAUCCUCCAUGGCCACCAAUGAUUUUAUGUACGACCAGCCUGCCAUUGACACCUUCCAGUACACCAUCGAAGCCACCAAAUCCCUGCGACAGAAACAGGGGGAGGGGCCCAUGACCUACCUGAACAAGGGCCAGUUCUACGCUGUCACUCUCAGCGAGAUGGGCACCAACAAGUGCCUGAGACAUCCCAUCAGCAAAGUGCGGAGUGUUAUCAUGGUGGUAUUCAGUGAGGACAAGAACCGUGAUGAGCAGCUAAAGUACUGGAAGUACUGGCACUCCCGGCAGCACACAGCCAAGCAGAGGGUUCUGGAUAUAGCGGACUACAAAGAGAGCUUUAACACUAUUGGAAACAUCGAGGAAAUCUCCUACAAUGCCGUCUCCUUUACCUGGGAUGUCACCGAAGAGGCAAAGAUCUUCAUCACGGUGAACUGUCUCAGCACAGAUUUCUCCUCUCAGAAGGGUGUGAAGGGGCUGCCUCUCAUGAUCCAGAUCGACACGUACAGCUACAACAACCGCAGCAACAAGCCCAUCCACCGCGCCUACUCCCAGAUCAAGGUCUUCUGCGACAAAGGGGCCGAAAGGAAGAUUCGGGAUGAGGAGCGCAAACAGAACCGAAGGAAAACAAAAGGUCAGCCACGCAGCGCACAUGGGAACAAUGAAAAGGACGGGACCCUGGCAGCCUUGCCACUGUCCAGGAAGAUGGACACCACCUUCUUUAAAGCCAUGACCGACCUGGACUCCCAACCUGUCCUCUUCAUCCCGGACGUCCACUUUGGAAACUUGCAGAGGGCAGGGCAGGUGUUUACCCUCAACACUGAGGAGAUUGAAAGGGAUGGGAGUGUGGUGGUGAAGAGGAUGCACAGGCCGUCGGAUGAGGAUUACGCCCCGCCCCCUGCCAAGCAGAUAAAAGUGGAGACUCAGAAGAGAGUGCUCCUGUACGUGAGGAAGGAAUCUGAUGAGGUGUUUGAUGCGUUAAUGCUCAAGUCCCCCACCCUGAAGGGACUAAUUGAAGCAAUAUCAGAAAAAUAUGCUGUGCCAAUGGAGAAGACCACUAAAAUCUACAAAAGAUGCAAAAAAGGAAUCCUGGUCAACAUGGACGAUAACAUCAUUGAGCACUAUUCAAAUGAAGACACCUUCAUCCUAGGCAUUGAGAACUUGGCUGAUAUGUACAGAGUCACUCUAACGGAAAUCUGAGGGAAGGUGGAAAGGACGUGUGUGUGUUUGUGAGUCACGGCUGGGGAGACGAUAGUCUGCCACUGGUCUAUUUCGCUGGGUUCUUCAAGUGCAGGGAGGAAGAGACUGUCUUGGGCCACCCGGCAGCAGUUUGGAGGACUUUCCCUUGAUCUGGUUCAGGGUUCUUGAUGAAAGGAAGUGACCUUUUUUUCAAAGUAGAUGGCAUCGCACCUAGAACUGUAAAUCCUCAGAAUUCUCAGGCAAACUUUUAACUGGGUGAACAGCUGCAUCAAGAUCUGUUUCAAAGGAAGUUUCAUUUCAAGGCCUUUGGGAGUAACCUAACAGCACACCCACAGGCGAAGCAUGGGCCUUCAGCAGGUCACUGGAAGAGCACAUGUAAGAGGAGACCUCCAUCUAGCCAACAUGGUUUUUGUCUUUAAAUGCCUCCUCCACCCCAUGGUCUAGCCUUAGUCUCUUGUUCUUCUUGCCUGACUUGCACUGUAAAAGGCAAAUGAGGACAUCAGAAUCCCCUUGAUCCCUGGUGUACUGCACCUCUCCCCACAUCAGAAACCAUUUCUGCAGUGGAGGUGUAUGUUGGUGUUAGUGUAGAAAUUUACAUUUGGUCUAUGAGAUCUAUAGGAGUGUAUGCACAAUCCGUUGCAAUGUUUUUUUUAAAAAUGUGAACCGAUGUUUUCCUUUAUGGCCGAACGCAGUAUUCUCUGUGGCCCAGGACAUAUUUACAGGAACACUUAAAUAAUUUUUGCAUGUUACAUUCAGCUUCUCGUGUUUUAACUGAAGGCCAUUGUUGGUGUUGCUAACUGGUGCUGUACCAAUGUAGCGACUUUGCAAUGUAGACUGUCCCAUAGGUGGGUCCAUUCUGUGGGCUUGAGGCUGAUCCAGCUGCCCCAAGCCAGAACAAUAUGCGACCAAAAAACCAAAGUGAAGUCAUGGCCGCAACCCUAAAAACUAUUGCACUGUCAGCCAUGUUAUUUGACCAUUAAUUUCAGAUUCUAUUUAUUUUUGGCUACUCCCAUUUCAUCAAUGCUGGAAUAAAGUAAAUUUAUUUUGUCUGUACUUUUCAAACUAACUUGUGUUAAGAAUGUCAGAAAGACUGUUCUAGAAUAUAUUCGCCCAAUAUGCAUCGAUGCAUUUUGUCAAUUACUAGUACCUUUCUGCCCUCUUGAUUAAUCAUAGCUACCCAAAUGACUCUUCCUUUCGAUGGAAUGGAAGUUUUUUCUUCUUAUCGAACUUCUCCAUUGAAUUGCAGUUUCAUAAUGGCUGUCAAUAAAAGGAACGGCAUGAAUUAAUUAAUGUGAAUAUUCAGUAUAGCCCAAGUCAUACUGAAACCAUAACCUGCCAAACCUACCCAAAGAAACUUCUCGUAUGGAGUUAGGGCACUUGUACAAAGUUUUAUCAUUGUCCUUUUUUGAAAAUUUAUUUUUGUACAUAUGUCUGCUUUGUGAAGGAAUAAAUGUGUAGUUGUAAAUAAAAUGUUUGGAUGUACAGCUCUGUUUUACUCUAAACUGUAUUACCCAAACUAUAAAGUUGAGCUCUAUUGCCAUUAUGGCUCUAAAUGACAGGCAAACAUUUUUUUUGAAUCCAAUAAAUAUUUCAUAAAUGAUUUUAUUUCACAAUAUAAA